AUGUCCUCGCACGUGUCUCUCGAGGCGCCGCGCGCGCAUGGCGUCUUCUACCGCCUGCAGCACGAUCCUUGGUUCCAGAUCGGCCUCAUCUCCUUCAUCUCCUUUUGCAACCCCGGCAUGUACAAUGCCCUGACAGGAAUGGGUGGCUCGGGCCAGGUCAACAGCACCGUGGCCGCCAACUCCAACGUUGCCACACACGCGGCCACGGCUGCCGCCGCGCUGGUCCUCGUCGGCGCCUUUUACAAGUACAUGGGCCCGCGUCUAUCGUUGCUCAUUGGCGGCUGGACCUAUGCACUGUACGCCGGCGCGCUGCUCAACUACAACCGCACGGGCAACGGUGCCUUUGUCAUUGCCGCGGGCGCACUUCUUGGUCUCGGCGCUGCCUUCUUCUGGGUUGCCCAGGGCACUAUGAUGGUUACGUACACGGACGACCGCACCCGCGGCCGUGCUAUUGGCCUGUUUUGGAUCGUCUUCAACCUCGGCGGCGCCAUUGGCUCGCUGGCCAGCUUCGGUCUCAACUUCCACUCGUCGUCCGGUACGGUGACCGACUCGACGUACAUUGCGUACAUGGUGAUUAUGCUGUUCGGCUGGGCGCUCUCGAUCUUGGCGGUGCCUGCCGAGUCACUAUCGGAGCGCUACAACGGCGCGCGCGUUACUGCGGCGGCCAAGGCGAUUACGUGGGCGCACUUGCGCCGCUCUUUUGUGCAGACGCUGCGUAUCGUCGUCGACUGGCGCGUGGCUUGCCUGUACCCCAUGUUCUACAACGCCAACAUCUUUUACUCGUACCAGCAAAACGACGUCAACGGCCUUGUCUUCAACCUGCGCACGCGCGCCUUGAACGGCGCGCUGUACUGGAUCGCCCAAAUGUUUGGUGGCCUGUUUAUGGGAUCCGUGCUCGACUGGACGCGUUUGGGUGGCCGCCCGAGGCGCGCCCUCGUUGGAUGGGCCAUUCUGUUCGCGACCGGCAUGGCCGUCUGGGGAGCCGGCUACAAGUUCCAGACCUGGGCGGACGCGCGCUUCGCCAAGGGUCUCAAGCAAGACGUUGACUACACGCAGUCCGGCACCGCUGCAGGGCCCAUGCUGCUCUACUUCUUCUAUGGCGCCUACGACGCGCUGUACCAGGGCUUCUGCUACUGGAUCAUUGGUGCACAGUCACACAGCCCUACGGUCAACGCCGUCAUUGUGGGCACGUACUCGGCGCUCAAACCGGCUGGUGGCGCCAUGGCGUGGCGCAUCAAUGCCGUGGGCGUCAGCGCACGCACGCAGUUCUACAUGAACUGGGGCUUGACCAUGGCGAGCCUGGCCGUGGCGGUCCCAAGCGUGCUGUCGGUGCGCAAGACGAUUGACGACCAGGAGCUGGCAGCCGUGGACAAGGCCGACGAGGUGGAUGUGCAGUCGGCGGUGGAGACGAAGCCUGUGGAGGCGGACACAGAGGUGGGGGCCAAGGUGUAA